ACCAGUAGGAGCUGGGGGAAGGCUGGAGCCCCCAAGGAAAACCUCUGUCCUUCCUGGGGAAUCCAGGCUUGCUUAGCUGUCUCCUUAGGUGACCAACAGGAGUUGAGAAAGAUGGAUGGACUCAGCACCUACUAUGUGCCAGGCACGCUGACCUUGGCAGACGCGGACGUCACGUUCUCAUAGGAGGGACAAACAGUAAAUGAAGAAGAAACAUCAGCUGGUGAUAUGGAUGCAGAGAGGGAAGCCCUGCAGAGCACCGCCUACCCUGAAGUGCAGACCUUCUGCCAGAAGCACGGCCUGAUGUUCGAGGUGGUUGACCUGAGGUGGGGUAUUCGGAACACUGAGGCCACUAACCCCAUGUCUACAGAACUCUGCUUGGAGGAGCUGGACCGGUGUCGGAAAACAUCCAUAGGGCCAGCCUUUGUUGCCCUCGUGGGUGACCAGUACGGUCCCUGCCCAGUCCCCACGCGGAUCGAGGAAAAGGAGUGGGAGGCGCUGAAGGCUCAGCUGACCGCCAGGCCCCGCGACCUGGAGCUGGUGGCACGAAGCUUCUGGAGGGACGAGAACGCGGUGCCCCCCGCCUACCUGCUGCAGGCCCUGGGCACUGGGGCGGCCUCUGGGCCUGAGGAGGCCACCCUGAUCUCUGCACUGCGCUCCGGAGCCCAGGAGGCCCACAGACUGGGGCUCAUCAGCCAGGAGCAGUGGCACCGCUACUACCGGUCAGUCAUCGAGUGGGAAAUAGAACGGGCCCUGCUGAGCUCAACGGUUGGGGAUCACGGGGCAACAGUCUUCCUGAGAGAUAUCCAAGGCCUCAAUAAACACAUCCUGGAAGACUGUGCCCUCAAAAUGGUGGACCGUCUUGCAGAUGGUUGCCUGGACACGGAUGCCCAGAACCUUCUCAGCAGCCUCAAGGGGCGCAUCGCUGACCGGCAGCCUGGAGUUCUCAAGGCCCACCACCUAGCGUGGAGCCGAGACCUGGUGAACCCCAAAAACAAGGCUCAUGCCCGAUACCUGAAGGAGCUGGGGGAGCAGUUUGUGGCCAGGGCCAACCAUCAGGUUCUUGAGUGCCUCCGGGAGCUGGAGGCGGGCAGGCAGGAGUUGGCGUGGCUCUACCAGGAGAUCCGCCACCACCUGGGACUCAGUGCCGAGGUCAACCGGACCUUCUGUGGACGCCAGGAGCUCCUGACCCAGCUGGGGCAGCAACUGCGACAGAGUGAUGGCUGCCCCCACCCACCCCUGGUGCUUUUUGGACCCCCAGGCAUCGGAAAGACGGCUCUGAUGUGCAAGCUGGCUGAGCAGAUGUCGGGGCUGCUCGGCCGCAAGACAGUGACCAUUCUGCGGCUUCUGGGGACAUCUCAGAUGAGCUCUGAGGCCCGAGGCCUGCUCCAGAGCAUCUGCUUCCAGGCGUGCCUGGCCUAUGGGCUGCCCCUGCCCCCUGCCCAGGUCCUAGAGGCCCACACCAGGCUGGUCCAGUUUUUCCACAUCCUCCUCCACACCGUCUCCAGCCGAAACUUUGAGUCCCUCGUGAUCCUGCUGGAUUCGGUGGAUGAGGUGGACUCUGUCCACUGUGCUAGGAGGAUCCCCUGGCUGCUUCCCAAAUGUCCUCCGAGGGUCCACCUCAUCGUCUCUGCCUGCUCUGGACAGCGGGGGGUUUUAGACACCAUGCGGCAGGUGCUCACGGACCAAGGGGCUUACUGGGAGGUGAAACCGCUCUCUGGAAACCAAGGGCAAGAGAUGAUCCAGCUCCUGCUGGCCGCCUCGAGGAGGACACUGAGUCAGGUGCAGAGGGACAUGCUCUGGGCCAGCCUCCCAGAGUGUGGACACCCAGGGCGGCUGAGGCUGGCUUUCGAGGAGGCCCGGAAGUGGGCCUCCUUCACUGUGCCAGCCCCGCUGGCCUCCACUGCUAAGGAGGCGAUGCAACAGCUGUGUGCCCGCCUGGAGCAGACACACGGGCGGCUCCUGGUGGCCCGCGUGCUGGGCUACAUUGUGUCUUCCCGGCAUGGGCUGUCAGAGGCGGAGCUAAAGGAUGUCCUGUCCUUGGAUGACGAGGUCCUGCAGAGCGUGUACCAAGACUGGACCCCACCCAGCAAAGAGCUUCUGCGCUUCCCGCCCCUGCUGUGGGUGAGGCUUCGUCGAGACCUGGGUAACUGCUUGGCCAGGCGGCCGGUGGAUGGCUUCACCCUUCUGGCCAUUGCCCACAGACAGCUGGCCGAGGUGGUCCGAGAGCUCUACCUGUCUGGGCCUGAGAAAGCCAAGAGUCACGGAGUCUUGGCCGACUUCUUCUCAGGGGCCUGGAGCCAGGGCAUCAAGAAACUCAUCACCCUGCCACUCGUGGGAAAACCCCUGAACCUGGACCGCAAGGUGGCCCCUCAGCCCCUGUGGUUCUCCGACACGGUUGCAAACCUGAGGAAGCUGAAGGAGUUACCCUACCACUUGGUCCACGCGGGCCGUAUAGAGGAGCUGAAGCAGGAGGUGCUGGGCAGCAUGACCUGGAUUUGCUGCCGGGGCCUCUCUGGGGGCAUCGAGGGUCUGCUGGAAGACUUUGACCUGUGUGCCCCGCACAUGGACUGUCCUGAGGUCAGCCUGGUCCGGGAAGCUCUCCAGCUGUGCCGCCCAGCAGUGGAGCUCCGAGGCAUGGAGAGAAGCAUCCUGUGCACAGAACUCCUGGCCAGACUCCAUUUCUUCACCACUUCACAUCCCGGGCUGGUGGGACAGCUGUGCCAACAGGCACAGAGCUGGCUCCGGAUGUGCCCACAGCCUGUGCUGGUGCCCCUCGGAGGAUUCCUCCCGCCGCCUGGAGGGCCCCUGCGGGCAACCCUCACCGGCUGUCACAAAGGCAUCACUGUCAUGGCAUGGAGCCUGGAAGAGAAGCUGCUGCUGGUUGGCACACAGGAGGGCAUGGUGGCUGUGUGGGACAUGGAGGAACAGCAGGUGGUCCACAUCCUACCUGGACACACAGGAGAGGUGAGGUGUGUGGAAGUGUUUGCCCAAGGGACACUUGCCGUCUCUGCCUCGAAAGACCACACCUUGCGCUUGUGGGACUUACUCUCUGGCCAGGAGAAAUUCACCAUUUGGGAUGGAGGUUCAAAAGAUCCCACUGAAUCUCAGACCAGGAGCCUUCAUGUGGAUGAAGCAAAGAAGGUUGUGUAUUCAGCUUCAGGCUCAAAGGUCAGUGCUUGGAAUCUGGAAACUGCAGAGCUGAUUUUCCAUAUCCUGGGGGAUGCCUCUGACCCCUGGGUAUGCACGGCAGUGCUGGCUUCCCAGGCCACCCUGCUGACUGUGUCCCGGGGCGGCGUGAUCAGUCUGUGGAGCUCAGCCACGGGAACACUGCACAGGCGGCAACGUUUGUCCAGCAUCAAAGAAGAUACACUUGCCUGCGCGGUCUCAGUCCAGAAACAAAGAAUGAUGGUUACUGGGUCCAGCACAGGCUCCAUCUCUUUGGUUUCCUCCGAAGGAGACAGCCUGAUGGAAAAGCUUCCGGAAGCUGUGGGAUUCCUGGUGGUAUCUGAAGAUGAGUCUCUUCUCGCUGCAGGUUUUGGAAGGUCCGUGAGGAUAUUUUUGGCAGAUGCACAGGGAUUUCAUCGAUUCAUGGCCACUGACCUUGAACAUGAAGAUGUGGUAGAGACAGCCACUUUUGGUCCUGAAAACAAUCUGAUUGUCACCGGGUCCCGGGAUGCACUCAUUCAGGUGUGGAGUCUGUCAGCGCAGGGGACUCUGCUGGAUGUCCUGGAUGGUGUCGGGGCCCCGGUGAGCCUGCUGGCCCGGGGCGGGGCCUUGGUGGCAUCUGCUUCCCAUCAGUCCUCAUCUUUUAAAGUCUGGGAUCUCACCUGCGCUCAGAAGCCGAGGGCCUCUAACCCAUUCCUGGAUCGCACUGGCCUCACGGCAGUCUCCCACAACGGCAGCUACGUCUACUUCCCUAAAACUGGGGACAAAAACAAAGUCAGCAUUUGGGCCUUGGCAGAAGGUGAGGAGCAAGAUGCUCUGGACACCUCCAACGAGGUCAGAUGUCUGGAGGUCGCUGAGCAGGCCAAUCUCCUUUUCACUGGCCUCGUUUCGGGGGUUGUCCUGGUGUUCCCCCUGAAUUCCAGACAAGACGUGAUGUGUAUCCCUCCUCCAGAAGCCCGGAAAGCCGUCAACUGCAUGGCUCUCAGUAAGGAUGAGGGGCACCUGGCCAUUGCCUAUGACAGCACCGUCCUGGUGCUGGACAUCAGCCCGGGGGACCCCUGUCCAGUCAUUGAUGGGCCAAUAUACACCUUCUAUACCCAGCUGCCUGACACCAUAGCCAGUGUGGCCGUUCUGGCUGACUAUCGUGUCAUCUAUGGCAUGCUCAACGGCGACCUCUUCCUUUACGAGUGUGUGAAUUCCAAGGUGUUCCCUCUGGAGGCCCAUGGGAGCCGAGUCACCUGUGUGGAGGUCAGCCACAAGGAGCAGCUGGCAGUCAGCGGGGCCGAGGAAGCCCUACUGUGUCUCUGGGACCUGCAGGCGUGCAAGUGGAAAUUCAAGAUGAGCUACACGAAUUCUUACUGUGUAGGAGUCCAAUGUGCUUGCUUCUCCAAGGAUGACAAGUAUGUCUACGCAGGCUUGAAAGAUCGCUCCAUAAUUGUCUGGAGUGUGCUGGAUGGGGCACUGUUGGCUGUCCAGUCUGUCCAUGCCGUGGUGAACAGAAUCAUCCCAACCUCCAAUGGCUUCAUUGCCCCCUCCAGACACGGCUAUCUCAUCCGCGAGCGUUUCCAGUGCCCUUCGUCAAGACUCUCACAACAGGACCCUCUCAAGAACUUCAAGAAAGCAGUGUGGAUGGUCAAAUCCAGGCAGAGAGAAGAGCUGGCAGCUGCUGCAGGAGCACCCCAGGACUUGAGGUCAGAGAGUGCCCAGGGAAAUGAAUCCAAAUCAAACAAACGCUCACAAGUCUGCCUGCUGGUGUAAGAUCCCCCUAUGGCGCCAAGUGAGUUAGUCCCAUUCAGUCCAACUGAAGCAAAAGGGAAGUAUGUGUUGAUAAAUAUCUGGACUCGAAGCCUCCAAUUAUGUGACUCAGACCUUGUUUCCUACCAUCUUUCCAUUUUUUUCUCUCCUCAGCUGUAUUCUCAGGUCUAUCCCCAGAUUAGCAUCAUGACAGCCAAGUUCAGCAGAAAAGAAGGUCUCUUUCCAACAGUUUGAUCCAAAGUCCUGGUUCUAAAUCUGUUAGCCCCAGUUAGUUCAUACACCCAUCCCAGGACACAAAGAUAUCUUUGAGGAAAAUGCAGCACUCUGCUUGGUGGUCCUGACCCCACGUCCAUCCAGACUGAGGUUUGGGUCAACACCACCCAACUCUGCAGACUGAGAAUGGGAGAGGCUACUCCCCAGGGUAACUGGGGUGCUAGUCAAGCUGGGGAUGGAUGGAUGGAUGUGAGACCAACUAAACCACAAACCACAAAGGACCACAGAACCUUACAGUUUAUAAAGCACCAGGUGCUACGGUCUGAUCCUUAUCACAGCCCAUACUUCAGAGAGGGCAGGAGUUUCUGCUUCCAUUUUACAGAUAAGGAAACAGCCGUGCAGAGUUAGCUGUGAUUUGCUCAAGAUCAUGAGCCUGAGGUGCGAGAGAACUCUGAGAAAUUAGAAUCCAGAGCCUUCCUGUUCCAAUUUUUGUUGGGAACACCUCACUCGAAUUUUAGGCCCAGAAGCACAACCAUCAGUUCCAUGGAUGGCACAUUCAAAUGCCCACAGGGACCAACAAGUAAUCAAGAUGGUUGCUGUGCACUGGGGUGACCAGCAGAUUACGAUGGCGACAAUGCCAACAUGGAGGGCUUUGCUCUGUCUGGGCACGAGACACGAGAAGCUUGACUCUACCCCAGAAUGGCCCUGGGGAGAGCAGCCCACUGGUGCCAGAGCUUCCUGUUGUCACAAGUAAAGCCAGAAAUCUGGAUUUUUAUGAGAAAUGUCCUCAUUUUAACCAAGUUGGCAGUUGGUUCAAAUUUGCACUUAUAGGCACACUUGGCUCAUGUCUCUAGUUCAUUGUGACCCAAUUUGGCAUUAAAACAGUAAACUUCUUAUCAUUCUUCCAGCUAUGCUCCUUGGCUCUCAAACUAAGAGGCCAGAGACGCUUUUUAUCUUAAAAACUGGAGACUCUUGGAAGCAGAUGGAUAAAGCUGCCAACAUCUUCCUACCAUGCUUUUGGACCAUCUCUGCCUUGUGCAAGUUGAAAAGUCUGAGUUUCUGCUCCACUUAAAUGGCUUUUCCUCUUUUGCCUGCAGCCUUCUAAAAGCCCCCACUUGCUUCUGGGGCUUUUGCUGUAAGGAUAGCAGAGUCCAAACCUUCAAGGUGCUAUUCCAUCCUCUCCUCCCCCGCCACCUCCAACUGAAUUCCAGACAGAAAAAAACAGCCUUAGAAAUAGAGGCCUUUGAGCUGGAUGUGACUUGCCCAAUGGUCUCAUUCAGCCAUUUUUAAAACUAGUGUUCCAAGGAGGGCUUUGACAGUUCUGCAAAUGUUACUUAGCAUCAAAUUCCAUUUAAAAAUGUUUUAUAACCGUAAUUUAAAAAUAUACUUUGGGUAGCAGUUUUUAAGGUGUUGGAAAUAACUAACAUAGGAUUCUCCUGCCAUCUCCAUUUAACUUAGAGGGGAGGGGAGCCCUUGAAAAAAAUAAAAGCUACUCUUUGCACCAUGUCUCUGUGAAUCAGGGGUUUACCCAAUGCAUGAAUAAGAUUUAGCUACAACUUCCGGUUUAAAAUAUGAGUGUCCAUCUCAGCAGCCUCAGUGAGAAUCAGUUGCUUCAUAUGUAAACACUAACUCGACUAUAGGAAAGAAUUUUGUUUUUACUAAUAAAAUGGUACUUUGAAUUGUUGCUUAC